CGGCCUUUGGACUGCACCGGCCUUGGACUGCACCGGCCUUGGACUGCACAGUCUACCGCUUGUGUCAAUAUGCUGAUUGGACUUUGUGGAGGAAUCUGCGCAGGCAAGUCGUCCAUCGCCUCAUACCUCGUCGAGGAACACGGCUUCAAGCGCCUCCGUCUAGCCCGCACUGCUGCCACGCCCGCCGUCGCGCAGUCGGCCUCGGACGCCCACGUGCCCUCGCCGUCAGCCUCGACCUACAGCGACCACACCUUCGCCGACAUCGACGCCUUGCUCGAAUUUGUCACAUUACGAUGGAGGGAGCGAUGGGUGACAACCGACAUAUGGGACGACAGCGUAGUCGAUGCGCUGCUUCGACGGCCCUUCUUCCUCCUCAUCAGCGUCGAUGCACCCGUCAGCGUGCGGUGGCAGCGCUUCAAGGACCGCUGUGCCGUCAACAAGCUCACCCCACCCACGUUGGAAGAGUUCGUCCUGCGCAACGAUGACCACCUGUUUGCACAGCGUACCGGCCUGAGCGCGCUCUUCCAGCGAGCUCAGCUCAAGCUGCUGAACUCGACCACAUCCGUGGCCUCGCUGCGAGAGGCUGUUCGCUCCUUGAACCUCACCGACGAGGCACGACUCCGCCCCAGCUGGGACCAGUACUUCAUGCAGCUCGCGGAUCUUGCAGCACUACGAAGCAACUGCAUGAAGAGACGAGUAGGCUGCGUUAUCGUCAAGGAGAAGAGAGUUGUCAGCACUGGAUACAACGGCACACCAAGGGGCAUGACGAACUGCAACGAGGGCGGCUGCCCACGAUGCAACAACGCCGCCAAGGGUGGCGUAGGCUUGUCAACGUGCCUCUGCCUCCACGCCGAGGAGAACGCCCUCCUCGAAGCUGGCCGAGAUCGCAUCGGCCAAACCGCCAUCCUAUACUGCAACACCUGCCCGUGCUUGACGUGUAGCGUCAAGAUCACCCAAGUCGGCAUCAGCGAGGUCGUUUACAACCAAGGCUACCUGGUCGACGACCAGUCGGCUCGAAUCUUUGCCGAGAGCGGCGUGCGGCUGCGUCAGUUCACACCCCCGGCCGACGGUCUUGUCGAUUUGUCUCUCGACAGCAACGGCCACCCGAUCCAGUUCGAGGACCAAGGGGACGAUAUCCGCCAAGUUUUGGAUAGCGAGUAUUUCCUGAGGCCGCUGUAGCCAGAUAUACUUUAUUUUCACUAGAAUUGAUGUUUCCGUGAAUGUAUUGAACGCCGUCUUGCGCAGUGUCCUAUGGCCCCUUGCCUUUCUCUUCAAUUUGCAGACGAAAAAGAACCCCAGAAAAGCCCCCACAGGAU